GGGGGGGGGAGGUUAUCUCUGUGUGUUUUGCAGAGGCACCCAGAAUCGGUGGCAAGUGCUUGCGCCCCUCUCCCAGGAUGGCCGGAGGUAACACUCAGAACAAGUCCUCGUUUCCGAAGCCGCCGCCGCCGCAGCAGCAGCCAUCGGCCUCAUCGUCGUACCGCAAAUCCCGUUGGGAAUCGACCAGCAACCCCAAAAAGAAAUCUCCGCAGUCCGAUCCUAAAUCCGGCGAAUCUAAGAAUCCCAAACCCUCCACCGCCCCAUCCCCCAAAACCAAACCGACUCCUAGUCCGGCUCAUGCUAAACACCUCCCUAGUGAAUCCGCCCGGGCCACCUCUCCCGGAGCUCCGUUUCCCUUCCCGGAUCUUUCUAACUUGGGGCCACCGCCUCCACCGGCGUACGGCUUCCACAUGCUCGAGCGUCGCACGAUUGUUCUUGCCGACGGUAGUGUCAGAUCCUACUUUGCUCUCCCUCCUGAUUAUCCUCUUGACCCACCCGGAAGAUUAUUCCCACCCCCAAUAGGUCCCGGGUUUGAUCCGGGUCGAUUCGGAGCCCGAUUCCCUCCUGUCCCACCUCACUUUGAUGAUCAAGAUGGAGGGCGUGGUGGGAGGCACCAAGAUUACUGGGAUUCGAUUGGGCUUGAUGGGCGUGGUAACGGACCUGUUGAAGGUUCAGCGAAGAGGAAGUUUGGUGGUGAUGAGGUGGAGAGGGACGACCUUGCCCGACAAAGAAAGCAACUUUUGCACGAUGCUAAUGUUAACCCAAACGGGUUCCCUCCAAGGGGUGAGUUUUCUAGGGGGACGAGUGGACCGUUCAAGCAUGAUUUGACGGAUCCUGGACGAGAGUCCGAAUUGAGAGCUUCCAAAUAUAUGAGGUUUGGGGGGGCUUAUGAAAAUGUAGGUUUUAAGCAACCUGGUAGCACUGGUGAUAACGUUGUCCUUAGACAUUUGGAGGUUGAUCAGGGUGCAUUAAAGAAAGCGUUUCUUCACUUUGUUAAGUUAGUAAAUGAAAAUGCUGCCCAGAAGAGGAAUUACUUAGAGGACGGAAAGCAGGGGCGGAUACAGUGCGUUGCUUGCGGCAGGUCUUCUAAAGAUUUUCCAGAUAUGCAUGCUCUCAUUAUGCACACCUACAACUCAGAUAAUGCUGAUUUGCAUGUUGAUCAUUUGGGCUUACACAAAGCUUUGUGUGUUUUAAUGGGUUGGAACUACUCAAAGCCACCUGAUAGCUCAAAGUCAUAUCAGUUCCUACCUGCUGAUGAAGCAGCUGCAAAUCGGGAUGAUCUGAUCUUGUGGCCUCCUUUGGUGAUCAUCCAUAACACAAUUACUGGAAAGGGAAGAGAUGGUCGCAUGGAGGGCUUGGGAAACAAAACAAUGGAUAAUAAAGUUAGAGAACUCGGAAUUGGGGGUGGCAAAUCAAAGUCAUUAUAUGGCAGAGAUGGUCAUUUGGGCAUAUCACUGAUUAAAUUUGCUGGGGACCAAUCCGGUGUUCAUGAAGCCAUUCGGCUUGCUGAGCACUUUGAGAAGGAGAAUCAUGGACGCAAGGUGUGGGCCCGUGUGCAGCCCCUGACAUUAGGUAAGGAUGACGAGAACAAUCCGAAUUUGGUAAAAUACGAUGAGAAGAAAGGAGAGAAGAGGAGGAUCUUGUAUGGCUAUUUGGGGACUGCUUUUGAUCUUGAAAAAAUCGAUUUUGACACUAGGAAGAGAGUGGUGAUAGAGAGCUUGAGAGAUAAAGCAUCAUCCAGGUAGUUUCUGGAUCAAAAGCUGGGUAUGAUAGCUGACUUGAUGAGAUGUGGACUGAUUUGGAUGAAAUCUUAUCCUCAGUUAUUGCAUUUUUAGUGGUGAAGAUGAUGAUAGCUUCAUGUAAUUUGCACGUCAGUCUUUAUAGUGUAUUAGUUAGGAUGCAGCCAAUGCCAAUAAGUGGAAUUUUACUUGAGUGAUGAUGAGAUAGCUUUGGUUUCUUCAUGCUGACUUUGUUUGGAGCAGAUGAGUCUGACUGCCUCCUCCAAUCUGACCCUAUGAAACGCACUGUGUUUUGUGCGUUUUGGGUUAUUUGGAGAAGCUUCAGGUCAUUAACUGGAAGGAUUCUUCAAAA